UAUAAAUAUAAUCACUGUGACAAGCCGUCUCUCACACACACACACGCGCGAGCGAGCUAUACUCCAGCGUAUCUGCCAUAGCCCUCACACUCCGCCUCUUACAGGUGCAUCAUGAGGCCAGACGUGAGCAUGUCCGGCAGUGGCAAGAGGACCUUGCGCUGCCAGGUGUUCGAGGAAAACCAUCAGAAGAAGGAGUCUUACCGCGCCGAGUGGGACGACACGACCGUGAGCCACGUGGCUGAGAGCGCGACCAACCUUCGGGAGGCGAACACGGCGCGCAAGGAGAGCAUGGAGCGCCGUGGUCAGAUGUCCUUUUUGGUGCAGCGCUCCCCGGCGGGCCUCAUGCGUCUGGGCGGCAUCGGCUGGUGGGGCGCGGUGCCCUUCCGCGAGCACCGCGUGCUGCCCGCAUCCCGUCCCGUGCUGCCCGUGCCCAUCUUCACUCCGGCCAAAAUUGGGCUGCCCAAGGCGUCCGAGCGCGAACCUACGCCGCUGCCCAUCAAGGGCAUGUUGGAGUUCGAGUCUGCCCUCGGAGCGCGCAAUCAGGCGGCCACGGGAUCCCCCACUCCCAGAAUCACGGAUCCCAAGAUCGAUCUCAAGUCGCCCGGGAUCUACCCGGCGCUGGCUCGAUCCAACAGCCAGCUCCGCAGCUAGACGCUCUGUUCGGUGCGAUGCGCGCGUGCGUUUCAUCAGUGGCUACGUUUCCAUUGCAAAUGUUUGUCCGAUAAAGUUACACUGAUAAACAAGCCAAGUGUGACAGGCGCAAUAGAAACAGGUAUCGUUUGCAUACAACUGGUACUGUUGUGCAAUUCUCCUAAAUACGCCACGGUUUUAAAACGCUUGACUUAUGAAAAUUUCCAUUGUCUAUCGAAUGCGAAUCCGUUUGUCUUCAUGCACACAGACACGGUCAUUGCUGGCUAGCAUAGUAUAUCCGGUAUGUAAACAUAGCCAGUGUCUCAUUCAUAGCCUCCAGACGCCUGGCUUCACCGCACGCACCACCGCGGUCCUUGCUGGCUAUGUUAGUUAGCGAGUGCUUGAGUUGCCCUAAAGCCACAGCGUGCAUAGACGCUACUUUGAGGUUGCAUUCUAACCCAGGUGGACUCACCUCGGUGUGCAUUUGGGUCUGUUUAUAUCUUUCCAUCAUAGUCUUUAUUAUUAUUUAGUGAGUGUUAUAAGUGGUAAUUGUAUAAAUAUAGUUUUUUGCUAACUAUGCAGGUAGUUAAUCCCGAUGUGUGUAUGUGUGGCGUACGUUUAAAUUGUUUCUGAGACUAUAAUGUGUGGGAUGGAAAGUCCCAUUUCGGCUACAGGUUCCGCGUAAUGAGCAAAGUGGUAAAGUGUGCAGUUUUAAGAGGUGGAUUGAGAACGUUCGGACGAAGUGAAAUGUUGAAUGAAGGUUUGCAAAAGGUGGCACGGUAAAAAUAUAUUUUGAGAUUAAUUGAGUGGUGGGUUGGUGGGUCCAUGUGUAUCUGAUCCCAUCAUACAAUGCUCCCCAUCCACAAUAAAAGCACUGCACCUGUGUUUGGAACCCUACAAGACGGCGCUGUUGGGCAAAGUUGUUCACGGUACAUUACCUGACAUCACCGGAAUGGCCUCACAGCGGGUUGCUUUCAUAAAAAUACCACUGGCGCCAUCAAAAUACCGCACAAAAAACCACACAUGUUCACAUGUCAGUGACAGGAGGCGGUGGAACGCACGUGAUGGAAACUUUGUAUGGACUUCAACUUCAAUUAAAUGUCGCCACUGCGGCGCCCCUGCAUUUGCCCUCAUGCUGCAGGAAUGAUAAUUAUACAGCAUUGUGAUAUUUAACUAAAUUGAGAAAAUAUGCCAACAAGCGCUACAUUGAUAUUUUCAGACUAAAACAACUAUUGUGAGGUACAGUGGAUUUUUUAUAUAUUCUCAAAGCCUUACUAAACAGAAUGGCUCGGAUCGGUAUGAAGUGAAAAAAAGUGAACACAAAGUGAAUAUUGCAGGAUGCAUAAUGAACCUGGUUCUAACGGAUGCACUGUUACUCCACGACCGCAGUCAAGCGACACGUGGAUGGAUAUUUUGUGUCUCUGCACUUGUGGGAAAUAAAAGCGUGACAUAGAUGGAACGAU